GAAGAUGUGAGGCGGUAUUUGUUUUUGUUUGUAGAAUAAGUGCAGAAAUCGUGUGGUUUUGCAAGAAAAACUGGUGUUUUUGGGCUAAUUUUAAUUUGUUUUUCUCCGUAUUACAGAAACCAUUAUUAUGUUCAAGUUCAAUACCAAUCUGGUAAGAAGGGGCAUUCACACGAGUAGUAAACUCGCGACUACCAGCGAAACAAAACGUUGUCCGGAGAUGAUUGAUCGUUUUAUUCGAGUUGAUCAUGCGGGUGAACUUGGAGCCAAUCAAAUUUAUAAGGGGCAAUUAGCCGUGCUGGGCCACACCAAAAUGGGUAGGACUAUCGAGCACAUGUGGGAGCAAGAGAAAGUCCACAAAGCCGAGUUUGAUCGGUUAAUGCGUAAACAUCGAGCACGCCCGACCGCUCUGCUCCCUCUUUGGAAUGUAGCCGGAUUCGCACUAGGUGUCGGAAGUGCCCUACUCGGCGAAAAGGCAGCCAUGGCUUGUACCGUGGCUGUCGAGUCGGUAAUUGUGGAGCACUAUAACGAUCAGCUGCGUCAGUUAAUGGAGAAUCCCCAGAUCAAGGACCAGGAAUUGCUGGAAGUCAUCACCCGGUGCCGAGACGAAGAACAGGAGCAUCACGAUACCGGGCUGGAUGAGGGAGCCGAACAGGCGCCUUUCUACAAAGCGCUCACCAACGUGAUCCAAUUUGGUUGCCGUGCGGCGAUAAAAAUAGCCGAACGGGUUUGAAAAGGGAAGGACGGGUAGUAAGAUGCAGUGGUUGUGUUUAGUUUAAUACUGAGAAACUAUAAAUUUUCGUUUAUUUAUCACAACAAAAUACACAUGUAGCUUUAUUCUCUUCACGGGUGCAUACCGGGAGAGGCAUAGGAAAUAAAACCAAUCAAAAAUCAAACCAACAAAAGCGCGGCACGGUUCAAAUGCGUGUUUGUGUGCGUUGGUAAACUGCGGACCAUUUGUGAUCCCAUUUUGGGAUCAUGAACUAUCUUUUCGGCAGUCUGGAACUAUUGCGUUUUUUCAUUUCUCCUGAAAAAUAGAAAUAAAUCCAUUUAGAAUCGAUCGUUACUUUCGUUCGGAUAA